GCAAAAAUGACCAAGUUUUCCCUCGAAAGAAAAAGUAACAACAACAAAGUGAAAAGGAAAUCGAGCUUAGAAUACUCGGCGGUCUUGCGACUCUUGUGGUCUUGCCCCCUCUUCCUUCUUCCCACAACCCCUCUCUCUCCUCCUGCCGGUCAUCGACCACCGCACCACCACCACCUCCGCCACGGCCGUGCCGUGUAACAGUUGCUGAUUGAGUGAUUUCAACGGCCGACACUGUGAAUCAAUUGCGAACCAACGAGAUAAAGCUGAGAAAUUAUUGGAGGAAUUAGUAGGGGAAGCUUUUUUUCAGCUUGUUGAUAAUUUUCUGACAAAUCAAAUUGGUGGGUGUUUAUUUGUUGAAAUGGGUAAUAUUUUUGUGAAAAAACCCAAGAUCACUGAGGUUGAUCGUGCAAUUCUCUCUCUAAAAACUCAGAGACGCAAGCUUGGUCAAUAUCAGCAACAGCUUGAAGCUGUCAUCGAAGCUGAAAAACAAGCAGCAAGGGACUUGAUUCGUGAAAAGAAAAAAGAUAGAGCCUUACUUGCAUUGAAGAAGAAGAAGGUGCAGGAAGAGUUGCUGCAGAAAGUUGAUGCUUGGCUAAUUAAUGUUGAGCAGCAAUUGGCAGAUAUAGAAUUAUCCAGCAAGCAAAAGGCUGUCUUUGAGAGCUUGCAAGCGGGAAACAAUGCAAUGAAAGCAAUUCAAAGUGAACUUAACCUGGAUGAUGUUCAGAAGUUGAUGGAUGACACUGAAGAAGCAAGAGCCUAUCAAGAUGAAAUACAUGCUAUACUGGGGGAGAAAUUAUCUGCUGAUGACGAGGAAGAAGUAUUAGCAGAAUUUGAUAAUCUAGAAGCAAUGCUUACUGUCCAAGAUCUACCAGAAGUUCCCACUACAGUUCCUGAAGAGGAAGAGAAGUUGGAUCUACCUGAUGUUCCUACCAAGGCUCCCGUUGCUGAUGAUGUUGAGGAGGUUUCAGAUAAAAUUCCUGAGAAGAGAAAAGUUAUGGAAGAGCCAUUGCCGGCAUAGCCUGCCUAAGACUUUGGAUCUGAUCGUGGAGUGUGAGUUGAUGACACAAGCACACAAACCCUUCUCAUUGUUUCAAUAGAAGUGAUGUUCAGAAGGCCUAUAUUUACGCCCCAUUAUUUUUUUUUUUUUUCCUUUCUGGUUAUGUAUAGUAUUGCAGUUGUGUACAUUUAUCUUUCAAUCCUAUAUUCCUAUCCCAGCUAAUCAGCCUAAAAUGGAAGAAAUCGGCUGUUUGAAUCUUCAAUGUGUACAGAUUUACAACUGUUUAUUCAGUUUACGAUUUACCGGACA